AUGCAACGCAUCGACCUCUUGUCUGCCAUUCGCACACUCGACGUCUCCAUCCCCAGUGUUGGGGGAGAACCUCUCUCAGUGCAACCAAUAACCCACGCCAACAAAACACGACAGUGGAAGUUCCUCCGAAAGCCCAAGACACCAAGCCAGGACCCAGGAAUGGAUCAAAUGGUGAAAAGGUACCCGAUCUGGCCCCUCGCCUUCGGCCAGUACCAUCCCAAUCCAUCAUGCCUAUCGUCAACCCCUCUCAUCAACUCGAUGCCAAAUCUGCGUGAUAUCCACUGGCAUUGCCGGCACGUCCACAGCGCCCUCCCGCUCCCAGAUACUUUGUCCUCCCUAAUAACCAAUUCCAAAAGCCCCCCCAUCAACCUUCACCUCACCAUCACCACCAGAGACGACCGACGUCCCAACCCACGCCUCCUCCAGCUCCUCUCCCAGCUCUUGACCUACCCGCUCACCCCGAACCUGACCUCACUUAAAAUCAACAUAACCUACUACAUCCCAAACUACACCCGCCAAGUCCUUCACCCCCUAAAAGCCAUCCUCUGUUACGCUCCUAAUCUGCAAAAGCUUUCUCUCGACAUCUGGUACCACCGCAGCGCCAGCGGCCCAGGCACUCUAGACGAGAAAUACUUUGGGUUCGGCUUCACAUCAGCCGAAAAACUUGCCACCAAAAGGCUAAAGCAUCUUACAAUCCACGCCUACCCAUUUGGCCGCCCUGCCGUGGCAGGCGAAUCAAAUUGGAACACCGAGGGCUAUCCACCAAAUACAUCCCCGGAGGUCGACUACUGGGCCAGAGAAUUUUACUGGGGAGCACUGGAGACGCUCCAGCUGUUGGACGUGGGGUGGAUGGGGACAGACAAGAUAUUGGCCAGCGUGGAGCUAGCGGCCAAGCUGGGGACCUUGAGAGAUCUGAAGCUGGAUGGGCUGUACGGACCUGGGAUGAGGCCCUCGCAAGUGGAGGGCUCGGCUAACAGAGGCUAUGUUGAAGGGAUCUGGCGUUUCUUGCGGUGCUUGCCACAGGGAAGACUGGAGCACAUCAGUUUGCCGUUUGUAGGGGGAGAUGUCAUUCCAGUGGAGGCAGUUACGUGGUUUGGAAACACAUUGACGAGACUGGAUAUCACACGUUCUGCCGUGACAGAAGAUGAUCUCUGGGUUUUGGGGAGGAACCUGCCGCGGUUGCGGGAGCUGAGGAUUUGGUGUGAGAGGCAACACGGCCAGUCGGAUCAUGGCGAUGGCGGUGAGGGCAGAUGGCCGGAAACAACGUUUGGUGUGCUGGCUGAUGCAGGCAACUUUCCGUCUUUGCGAGAUCUGCACCUCACCUUUGAACUUGGGUUCAAAGAGAAGCAGAUACAGCCGCCGAUUGGCGAGAGGAUACAUGGUGGUCGUCGCAGUGGUCAUAAAAGCCCUUCUCUGCAGCGGGUACAUUUGUCCGCCGGAGAACUUCCAAAGAGGAGGAAUGACCCAAGCCGCUUUCGAGGCUUCCUGGAUGCCGAAGAAAGACCAAAGGCCUCUGCUAAGAACGCAAUGAGCUUUGUAUGCUCCCCACAACUUGAUACCGGAGGAGUGAAAAUCAAAUGUCCUAAAUUGGUCAAUGCUGGGUUGUCUGAGGAGAAAAUACAAAGAGCGUGGGCACUUGUGAUGAAAUAUCAAGCCGGGGUUCAUGGAAACCGAAAAAUUCAAGAAUUAGAAGACAAGGCAGUGGCAAUCUUGGGAAUAGAGGGCGAAAAGGCGGCCAUGGGAGAUAAAUAUUGGGCCCUUGUAGCUGCACUCAAGGGUCCCCAGUGGGGUGAUUAA